AGGGAUGAGAAGAUGGCUUCUCCACGUCUAAAGGGCCGAUCGUGAAAGCUAGACUCUGCAGCUAACGCCCGCAAGAGCUUCUUAACCAGUGGCGGCAGGCAUCUUCUUUUUCGCAGCCCCUACCUUCUUUAUCUCUCCACCACUCCACCCUAUCUUCUCUCUCACUCUCCUGCCCUUCUGCACUCCCUUCGCUCGCUCAUUCUUUUCUUCCAUCGUUCUUUGCUUGCUGGAGGAGCGGCGUGGGAGGUUUCAAAACCAUUCCAGCUAGAAAAGAUUUUGAUUCAAGGGGAUUACGAAGUACGUGCUCAUGUAACUUUAUUGGGGAUCAUACUUUAGGGUAAUUUGCUUUGUGAGUGCUAGUGGCUGAAAGUUUUCAGAGAAGGAUGUCCAGCGGAGAAAUCAGGAAGGUCUCCCGUCAAGACAUAAAGCUGGUGCAGAAUCUAAUUGAGCGCUGUCUUCAGCUUUAUAUGAACCAGAAAGAAGUUGUGGAUACUCUCUUAUACCAGGCAAAGAUAGAACCUGGUUUUACUGAACUUGUUUGGCAGAAACUUGAAGAGGAGAAUAGAGACUUUUUUAAGGCGUAUCAUGUUAGAUUGAUGCUUAAGAACCAAAUUAUGGUAUUCAAUAAGCUUCUUGAAAAACAAGUGGAGCUUAUGAACAAAGUUUGUUCCUCAGGGGUUGGUUCAGCGCCUCUUUCUCAUGGCUCAUGUUCAUCUACAUUGAGCCCAAAUCCUUCAUGUUAUUUAUCAGAAAAUGCAUCUACUUCAAGGCCUGAUGGUUUACUGUCCAAUGGAGUAUCUACUUCUGCUAUCAUCGGCAGUGGUCCUGCUGGAAAUCAAAAUGUCCAACUCGGUAAUGGUCAGUCAACUUUUAAUGGAAGGUUGGAUGUUCCGGCAGGCAUGCUAUCCUCAAAAAGCUCACUAAUGGGAAGGGAUCACAUAAUGAAUGGUACUACAAUCAAGUCAGAGCCUAGCUAUGCAACCAAUUCUGAGUUUGCAUUUACUGGCAGCAGUUUUUUGGAGACUCAGCCAACACUUGAUACACUUGGUGCGUCCUACAGUGGUACUGAGCUGACUGCUCAAGCACUGAACGAACCACUUCAGGAUAUCGACUCUUCUCCUUAUGGCUUUUUAAGUCAUAUUCCUCGAAACUUCAGCUUUUCAGAUUUAACGGUUGGCUUUGCUCAGAGUGCUGGUAUACUGGAAAGCUAUGAUAGAUCGCCUUAUCUUGCACCUGAAGCUAACAACUUUACAGGGUCUCCCGGGGUAGACUGCAAUGAAGAAGAGAGGCGGCUAGAUACCAUAUCUGAAGGUGUUAGUUAUGAAGAAUUUGGAAGCGAGUAAUGAAGCGUUCAAGAAUUACCCUUUGAUUAAGCGCUUUGUUGGAUUGAAGACACCGAUUUGACUGCAGAAUAGACUUUUGUACAUAAAAACGGUUGGUGUGCGAUGAUAGAGCGUGGCUUGGGUCCUUGAACGCUGAAGUGUUUUCUAGUGCUUGUUUUUACUCUUAUCGCUUGAGAUUUAUGUUAUAUUUUAGCUUUUAGAUAAUCUGUGUCCUUUCUGGGCGUCCGUCCCCCCUCCUAUAUUCUUAUUAAGAUCAUGAAUACCUCAAAACCCUAAGGUCCGCAUUGGUUCCUUGAGUGGCCGUAAUAGAUUUUAGAAUUGUCUGCAUCCGUCUUCUAUAUUUAUGCUACCCACUGAUUUAUACAAGUUUCCAGAUAUAUAACAGAAGUUGUUUGAAGCUGGAAAAAAUACUAUUCUGUUCUUGUUUACUUCUUGCCAUUUGUCAAUUCACUGUGUGGCGUUUAUUUUUAUU